CCUAAAUUCAGAGGAGCACGUUCACGUCAUUUUCCCUCGCAAAUUUUUGGAGGAAAAAUAUAGGUGGAUUUAGUGGUUCUACUGUUUUUUUUAAGUGUCUGUGUCCUGUAGGAAGUGUGUCGGAUUCGUUUGGCAGCGAAAUUUCGUUCUGAUUGUGCUUUUUUUCGUGUUAAUUUUCCGAUAGCCGGUGUUCUCUGGAGAACGGGACGUGUACUGUUAAUAGUGAGUGUUCGAAUGAAUUGGCGGCCAUUUUGAAAUCGACAUUCGUUUCCCUUGCUCUACGAACAAUGAGUCUUGGCUAAUGACAGAUUUUACGUAAUUGUCUGGUGGAUAUUGAGUUUUGUAAUUUUAUGAAUAUUCGAAAGGGUGAUCUAGAGAUAAGAAAUUUGUGAUGAUCAGGAUUUCUUAAAAUCAGUAGCGUUAAUCGAAAUUGUGCAAGUUGGACAAGGGACUAAUGAACGAAGGACACUCAUCGGUUACCAAUUUCCACGGGAACUCACCAACAAAAGCGGGAACCAAUCAGGGAAGAGAAUUAAAACUCAGGCACUCAGAGUGGGAGGGAGUCAGAUAGUGAGUGUACCAACACAUCGAAGGCGCCGGUUCGCCGUUUCUCGAUAAAGGUGUGUGAAAAUUUAGGGACCAAAAGAACGACGUCUGUUGAAAUUGUUAUUCCUCCGUUCCUGGAGUUUAGUCGAGUUCGAGAGUGGUCCGUAUGAAGUGCUGAGUGCGCGCGCGAAGAACGACUGUCCGUGUCCGUAUAUUUUCUCGCCCUACUGCUGCUAUAUUCUUCUGGCCCUGUUCCACCGUUCAUAUAAUUUCCCAACCCUCUGCGAACAUACUGAAAGCGCAAAACUGCAACAAGGGAUCACCAUCAUCAAUCACCGGAAGAAAUAAGGAUCUACAGUGUGUUUCUGUGAACCAGUUGGUAUUUUCGGUCAUUGAGGAAGAUAAGUCUUGUUAACAAAUCAGUGAUAACCACGAAGCUAUAGCAACAAUCCAGGAAACCUGCCAAGGCGUGAGCAAAUCCGGUUACCCAGCAACCACAGGCUCCUGCUUCUGUAUCAUCUCUCUCCAUACCAGCCCGCGGUCAUUUCUCUUUCCGGGAAACGUGAAUCGUUUUUGUUCGAUUCUCUGUUUUUACUUGGCAUUCCGUGGAGUUGAUUUGUGUAAACGGAAAAAGAAUAUAACCAAAAAGGGGAAUCUUCAUCGUUGUACCAAAUGUGUGUGAAAACUAAUGUGUAAGGAAGAGCGGAAAAACGAAACAGAAACCUCGACAACGGAAAUAUAAAAAUCUUACCAGAAAAAUUCACCCGCCAACACCGGUUUAUGACAACCAGUCUGCAAUCCGUGGCCUGAACAUGUUCGAAUUAGAAGAAAUGAGCAGUGGGUUUCACGACGUGUUCCUCAACAAGUAUAACGAUACCACACCGAUCAUGGAUUUGUACGUAUCGGACUCGAUGCAGGAUAUGCUGGACAUUGACAUCAAAUCUGAAGUAGCCACCGUAGUCGGUGGCGUCAAUGAGUUCAGCUCGCUGAUGAAUUUUGAUCUUCCCUCGCUGGAGCUGGAAUCGAACUCGAACGAUGCCGAAAGCGGUUGGUGCGGCGGUGGUCCAACCAAGUGGUCUUCCACCGAUAUAUACGCCGAUGUGGGAGCCUGCGUGAAUCCCAACUCGGUUAUGCCGGUCAUUUCGUCCACUACCGCAGUUCAGUCGUUGCUGAAGAGCCCGAAACAGAACGUCAAUCUCAAUGCGACAGCCAGCGUCGCGAAUGACCCCACUCUGCCCAGUCCGAAGGAACGCAAGAGUCAUUUAACGUUCUCGCCCAAUACCAUCAAAGUACCGAUGGUAGAUCAAGAAAUUAGAAAACCUAUGGUUUCAGGAUUGGCCCAAAUUCACAGGAUAAAUGGGUUGGAAUAUGUGAAGAAGGAUCUCUCAACUCACAUGCUUAAAGAUGAAGGUGGCAACAAAAUCGUUAUAAAAAAUCAUCACCCUCCGAACGGCGUAACGACUGUUAAUUCCGGUUUAGGAAUCGGCUUGGGAAAGGGUAAUACGAUCAAACUGGCUGCAGGCAUUGGUGGGUUAACUUUUGCCAAUGGCGUUCAGUUUAAAAAUCUGAAAAAUGUCCAGAAAAUAACAGCCAUCAACGCCGGAAAUACUAUCAAUGGUCUGAAGCGCGAUUCCAGUCCAGCACGGGCAAUAAACGGCACCAUUAAUCCAGGCCAAACGCAAUUGAUCAGCAUUAGCGGAGCCACUCCAAAAAUCUACAACCGCAGCAUAAUUGUACAGAGUGCUAACAAAACUUCAAAUUUGGUACAUUUAACCAACACCAACGGAAUGGUCACAACCGUAACGCAGAAAGUAAAACCGAAACCGGUUGAAAACGGUCUUCCUAAACCGGCCUAUUCCUACUCCUGUCUGAUAGCGAUGGCUCUCAAGAACUCAAGGUCUGGUUCGCUACCCGUGUCCGAGAUCUACAGUUUUAUGUGCGAACACUUCCCAUAUUUCAAAACCGCCCCAAAUGGGUGGAAAAAUUCCGUCCGGCACAAUUUGUCUCUAAACAAGUGCUUCGAGAAAAUCGAAAAACCUGUCACGAAUGGUGGCCAACGAAAGGGCUGCCUAUGGGCGAUGAAUCCUGCCAAGAUCAACAAGAUGGAUGAUGAGGUGCAGAAGUGGUCCCGGAAAGAUCCGAUGGCUAUCAGGAGAGCGAUGGUGCAUCCCGAACAUCUAGACGCACUUGAAAGGGGUGAAAUGAAGCACGGCUCAACCGGGGAUAGCGAUGGCGAGGGUGAUGACGGCGAUACUGAGGAUCAGUCAGACAUCGAGGAAGAAGAGGAGGUGGAUGGUGAAGAGGAAAUUGAAAUCGAGCAGGAUCCCGAAGGUGACAGUUUCAUCAUCAACACGCCAGAGUCAAUGCCAGAUCCGGAGACCGAGGAUGUCGAUGUGGAUUUUGACAUGGAGGUACCCGAAUUCUAUGACGACAUCAAUGUGGACUCAAAAGAAAGUUUUACCCUCGAAUACAUCCAGAAGGAUUUGCUAACGCUCGAGGAUGAGGACGAAUCGGUGUGUAUCUCUUCUCCUCAUCAAACCCAGCAACAGCAGUCGGUGCAACAUCAACCGCAACAGCAGUUAACCUUCCAGCAACUACAGCCGUUGGCUAAAAGAGCCCGGCUCGAUGUUAACUACUCCAUAACGCCAGCUGGUACGCUUUCAAACGGUAACAAUUCUGGCAGCCCGGGUAUGGUGAUCCAGAACGGCAGUGUUAUGACCACAAUUCCGGCCCCGACCACGACCACCACGAUUAACCAGAUCAGCGUGGGUGGACAGCAAUUCCAAUUCACUACAACAGCAACGGCAACUUCCGGCAAUGGUACCCAGCAAUUCCAACAGAUUCUACCGGCAGCACAUCAUCAGCAACAGCAUCACAACCGACGGAAGACUCCGCUGAUUACGCGAAUAGCUUAGAAUACUAUCUCUAAAUCAAACGGACAGAGCAGAACCCUCCCGAAGAGGUUCUGUUUAUUUUCAAGAUUGCGGUCCUAUUCCUUAACCUAGCAUCUGUUCUUCUUUUAGUUCAAAUUAACUAUUACUUAUUUUAUCUAAAAUUAGAGCCAGCUGAAAAUUUGUAUUUAACGAAAACAAUAGGCAAACAGUCAGGGAUUUUGAUUACAAAGUAUGAGAAUAUGUCACGCGCUUAGAACUCACGUACAGCACAGCAGUUGUCACGUUUUUUUUGUCGUUUCCCGUAUAUGGGAUAACCAAUCCGUAGUUUAUUCCUGGAACGGGCAAAAGCCAGAAAUAGCGAAACAAAACCUCAUUGAAAACACCACUAACUAACGCCACGAAUAUUUAUGAUUAACUUGAUUUCGUGAGAUCUCAACUUGUGAUGUAAGACUAGAAGAAAACACUGCUUAAAUGACAUCCAUUUAGCACAACACAUCCUGGUGAAACAGAGGAGGGUAGCGGAAAAGAAGGAUAUAAAGAAGUAUAACAGCAAAAGUGAGAAUCUUGAAAGUUCUUUGUAUUAUCUUUCAAAUUGUGAUACAGCUGAAUGUGGUAGAGUUUUUCUCAAUUAAUAAUAUUAUUAAUAUUAUUA